AUAUACACAGCAGUCUCCCUACCACAUCGUCAACAAAUUGAUCUCACGUAUCAUCGUUUAUUUAGUCUUUGCUUCUGGAAACAACAUCUCCAUUUAUGGCUUUCGCUCUCUCCAACCUCCACGGCUUCUCUAUCCCUCCUCUCUCGUCCCAUAACAAGAAAACCAAGAUUUCGCACAUUGGAGUCCCAUUCAAUGGAGUUUUUCUCUCGCCGAGUAAGUGUAAGUUAGCCAUUAAGGCCAUGGCUUCGGAGGGAAAAGAGAGCUUGGACCACCUCCAGAGAGCCUCCAAAGCGAAGAAUCUGCAACAACAGAUUCCUAAGAGCAGGAUUGUUCAAUCUCCCCCGCUCGGUUUGUGGGACCGAUUCCCAACAGCGAGGACGGUGCAGCAGAUGAUGGAUACAAUGGAGAGGAUAAUGGAGGACCCCUUUGCGUACACCGCCGUGCCGGUCCCCUCGUCCGAAGAGGUUGGCAGCGGCGGUUACCGGAGGGGGAGGACGCCGUGGGAGAUCAAAGAAGGUAAAGAGGAGUACAAAAUGCGGUUCGACAUGCCCGGCAUGACGAAGAAUGAUGUGCGGGUGUGGGUCGAGGAGAACAUGCUCGUCAUCAGGGCAGAGAAGCAAGUCGAUAAGGAAGCGGCAGAGCAGGCUGAGGGGGAGGAGGAGUGGCCGGCCAAGAGCUUCGGAAAGUACGGCACCAGGAUUGCGCUGCCGGAAAAAGUCGAGGUGGAGAAGAUCGCGGCGGAGGUGAAGGAUGGAGUGCUUUAUAUUACGAUUCCGAAGGCUUCGGCUUCGAGCAGGGUUGUAGACAUCAGUGUGCAGUGAUAGUUCCGCAAAUUUCUCGGCGGUCUUUUGCUUUUCUUGUAUGUGUAAUAAUGCUUCAAUUUUGUGCUGUAACUAACUAGUUGCUUGAAUUGGAUAAAACUUGGUUUUUUGUGUUCAUCUUCA